UUUGAUAACUUGAUGAAUGAUGUCUCAAAGGAUAGGGCUGGGCCGCAUGCAAGCCUCUGCAAUGCACCAUGCGCAACGUGAGAUUUUAGCUUGUCACUGGCAAGGGCCUGCGAAUUUUUGAACGGCAUUGAUCGGCUCUGGGUUCAGCAUCAGUCUGUGUCGGGUUUGUAACUUCGUAGUUCAUGAAGAUUACCUGGUACAUGUAUGGGUGUGGCUGAAGGUAAUUGGUUGUGGCUUGCUACUGGUCAGCCACAACAAUCUUACCUGACGACGUGGGUUCGACUCCAAUCGUUGCCGCACGCCACAAAGCCUACAGCUCCGUUUUGAGCAGCUCGUACAUGUCCUACAUGCAACCUUGAACAAGAAGCACACGCCCUGAACGUCCGACGAUCUACUCCAUCUCACACGAAACUCCUCACCGCCACUGCAGCCGCAGCGAUGGCCGGCAAAAAGGGCGAAAACAGCAAGAAGGUGGCCGGCAACGCAAAGAAGGCAGAGGCAGCGGCACAGAAAGCUGCCGCCGAGAACGCAAAGGCUGAAGCCGCCGAGUCAGCCGAAUGGUCCAAGGGUGCCAAGGGCGCCGGGAAAAAGGAAGCGGAAGCGGCUAAGAAGGAAGAGGCUGCCCGCAAAAAGGCCGAGAAGGAGGCGCUGCUCAAGGAAGAGGAGGCCAACACCCCCGGACGAAACGAACCGAAGAAGACCAAGGCGCCCGUUAAGAAGUCGCGCGGUCUUGAUCUCGGACAGCUCGACGACAAUGGCAACGGCACGGCUUCGGCGCUGAACGCCACGGGCAUCGACAACGCCCUGGAUGCGCUGUCCCUCACCGCAGCGAACGACGAUGGCAAGGUCGACAAGCAUCCCGAACGACGAUACCCCGCCGCGUACGCCAAGUACGAGGAGCGCAGGCUGGCAGAGAUGAAGGCGGACGGCAGCGGAACGGGUCUGCGCCUUGACCAGCGCAAGACACGCAUCAGGAAGGAAUUCGACAAGCACCCCGACAACCCCUUCAACCAAGUCACUGCAGCGUACAAUGCCAAACGGUCAGAUAUAGACGAAAUCAAGCAGGCGGAGAGGGACAAGAUCGAGAAGCGCCUUGGAAAAUGAUCGGGUUGGCUCAAGUUUGACAUGACCAUGACGAUUCAACGAGGGGUAUGAUAUAGAAACGCAUGGUGAGACUGGAAUUGCGUAGCCAGGAUAUAAAGAAAAGGCCCUAUAUAUCGAUCGCGUCCUUCAUCCCUUGAAGAUAGUCACAAGGAACAUCUAAUAGCCAAAUGCUUCUUUCGAUGCCGCUUCUUGAACACCGUCGACCUUCGAGGAACCCCGCCAAAUGCCCCGCGAUGUCUUGGCGCCAUCAUUGCUCGGCAGAACCACACACCGCCUUGCCCUGACCGCCGAGUUCAGGUUA